AAACUGUCUGAGAGAAUCUUUCCAAUCCGUUCCUAUGGACAUGGUCAAUAAUUAUGCAAUACACAGAGUGCCCCACAACCAGUUUGCCAUCGCUGUCGUCAUGUGUGAAUAUAUACGUAUUCAAAUCGGCCCAGCUCAGCUUUUUGUUUGGGCUCAAGAUGAGACCCGCCGCCACGGGCCCGAUCAGUCGACGACGAAACGCGCGAACGCACGCAGCGCCCCCUGAAAAGCCAAAAAGUGAAAUAACAUUUGAAAUUCAAAUUCGCAUCAGUUCGGUUCGAUUCGGACUAAGGACUGUUCCUCUCUCUCUCCACAUAUAUAGCGAGAGUAUAUAUAGGCCGUGUCGCGCUGUGUUCUGUGUCAGAGCAUCGCAAGAUGUUGCCAGUGUCGCGUCCAUUCUCAGUGCUUCUCUGCCUGCUGCUGCUGCUGCUGCUGCAGCUCAGCUUGGCGAGAAUCUUCGAGCGCUGCGAACUGGCCAACCUGCUGCAGAAGCAGUACGGAUUACCAGCUGUCCAGGUGGCCAACCUGGUGUGCAUUGCGCAGCACUCGAGUGAUUUGAACACGGCUGCUUUUGGCGGUGGCAGCGGACCGGGCGGCGGCUCGCAUGGCAUCUUCCAGAUCAGCGAUGUAUAUUGGUGCUCGCCGCCGGGUCAGGGCGCGGGCUGUGGCCUGAGCUGUUCGCGUCUACGCGACGAUGACAUUGCGGACGACGUUGCGUGUGUACGCAAGAUCCACGCGGAGCAUCAGCGCAUCUCGGGGGAUGGCUUUAACGCCUGGCAGGCCUACAAUGCGUAUUGUCGCCAGGAUGCGGCCUCCUACGUGGCAGGCUGUGGUCUACCAACUGCCAACUCAAACGCUGUGCGCGUGGCAGCCUCCUAUCAGCAGCCGAUCAAGGUGAGCUAUCAUCAGUCUAGUCUGGUUCCAGAGCGUCGGCAGGGCAAGAUCUACAGUCGCUGUGAGCUGGCACAGGAGCUGUUCUAUCAGCACAAACUGCCCAUGCAGCAGAUACCGACCUGGGUGUGCAUUGCCCAGCACGAAUCCUCCUACAACACGGCGGCAGUAGGUCGCUUGAAUGCCGAUGGCAGCGCCGAUCAUGGCCUGUUCCAGAUCAGCGAUCUCUACUGGUGCACGCACGAUCAGCGCGGCGGCAAGGGCUGCCGUGCCGGCUGUCAACAAUUCCUGGACUCCAGCAUUGCGGACGAUGUGCAGUGCAUACGGCGCAUUCACCAGGAGCACACGCAGAUAUCGGGCGACGGCUUCAACGCUUGGACCGUCUACAACCGGGAUUGUCGCAACCAGCGCUAUGAGCAGGUGGCCGCCUGCUUUGCCAAGCCACCGCUGGUCGCGCCGGCCACACAUCCCAAUGCCAUUGUCGGCAGCGUUAACAAGUUCAGCUAUGGCUAUCCAGCUGCUACGACACCCAAUCCCUACUACAGGCCUUCCAACAAGUUGGUCAGCUAUCCGGGAAAUCCUUUCCUGCGCCCGCGCCAGCCGCAAGUUCAGCCGCAUCCCAAUCUAAUUGGAUUACCCACUAAAUCCCACUUUGCCAGCGUCUACAGCACACCAGCUACCAAUCCCUUGCUCAACUUCAAGCAACACACAACACCCAAACAACAAACAACACAACAACACUUUUACACAACACCUACGCGAGCUGGUAAAGUUUAUAAACGCUGUGAAUUGGCGCAAGAGUUGUAUUUCUCACACAAGUUUCCCAUGCAGGAUAUAGCCACUUGGGUGUGCAUCGCGGAGCAUGAAUCCCGCCUGGAUACGGCGGCGGUGGGUCGGCUGAACGCGGACGGCAGCGCGGAUCACGGUCUGUUUCAGAUCAGUGAUCUCUACUGGUGCACGCACGGUGAGGGCGUCGGGGGCAAGGGCUGUCACAUCGAGUGUGAUCGCCUCUUGGACUCGGACAUUACCGAUGAUGUCAGGUGCAUACGCACCAUACACGAGGAGCACACACGCAUAUCCGGGGAUGGCUUCACUGCGUGGACAGUGUACAAUGGACAUUGCAGGGAUCGCAGCAAAGCGGAGAUUGCCAGCUGCUUCGAGUCUAAGGAACUUGAAAAGGAACCGUUUAGGCCAGUCAAGCCGGCAGGCAAUGAGCUGGUGAGGAAACCCAAGCCCAAGGGCAAGAUAUACAAUCGCUGUGAGCUGGCGCAGGAGCUCUACUACAAGCACAAGCUUCCCAUGCAGGAGAUACCCACCUGGGUGUGCAUUGCCCAGCACGAGUCCUCCUACAACACGGCUGCAGUAGGUCGCCUGAAUGCCGAUGGCAGUGAGGAUCACGGCCUCUUCCAGAUCAGCGAUCUCUACUGGUGCACGCACGACGAGGGCGGUGGCAAGGCCUGUCACAUUGAAUGCGAUCGCUUGCUGGAUUCCGAUAUCUCGGAUGAUGUCCAAUGCAUCCGUACUAUACACGAGGAGCACACACGUCUAUCGGGGGAUGGCUUCAACGCCUGGACGGUGUAUAAUGGGCACUGUCGAGGCCAAAGCCUGGCACAGUUGAGCGAUUGCUUUGCAGGCAACGAAAUCUCCGAGGCGGAGAAGCCUAGCCAUUAUGGAGAGCGACCACAAGUGCAAGCCCCGCAACAGCAGCCGGUAGUAAAGAUCGCAGCUAACCAUGACUACGGGGCCAAUCCUUUCCUGCAACGUCUAAGCGCAUCGCAAACAACGCAAGUGGCAGUCCCAGCUGUUAAAACAACUGCCAAGCCACCAGUCCAAAUAACCGUGGUGCCUAAUCAUCCCUUUGGUUCAAAUCCCUUUCUACAGCAAAUUAAGCCCCAGCAACAAACUCCACUUAGCACAUCCGAGACUCGCCCUAUUAAGUUUAUUGAACAAGAGCAUGUUUCAAAGUCUAGUUACGAUCACAAUCCUUUUCUGAAACCUCUUUAUAAGCCUUCUGCUAAUGCUAUUCAAUCCAUAACGCAAAAUAAACCCACUUCCCACUCUAAUCACAGUCCAGCCCAUGUGCCUAAUCCCUUUCUCAGCCUAGCCAAUAAGCCAGAAGUUAGUCCGGCUAAAAUAAGCACCACUUCCAAGCCCACGGCGGCAGCUAAGGUUACACAUCAUCCAUACAUAAGCAGCGACAGCUUUCGUCAAGAGGUCAUUAAAUUUACGGCCACAUCGCCACAUGAUCUCCGGCAAUCUACACAAGGCACAAACACAACACCAGCACCAAAAACAACACAAAUUACAACCAAGGCAACAACAACACACAAAACAACAACUCGUGCAACUACAACCAGUCGACCCUUCACAACAGUCCAUCCAUUUGCUAUAAAUAAGCCACCCAAUACUUCGAAAAUGACAACUCGCGCGUCAAUAACUAGGACACCGACAACAACACCUCUAUUAAUAUCGACAACUCGUCGUACAACAACAACCGCAGUACAAACCACACCUAAUCAUACAACAAAAGCUCAAAGUACGAUAUUAACAAGACAAACAACAACCAGAUCCACAACUCGCCAAACAACUACAAAAUCCUCAACUCGUCAGACAACUACUAGACCCACGACCCGAGCUACCACUGCCAGACCCACGACUCGUUACACAACAACUAGAGUCCCAACUGGUCCAACGACGAGAAUCCCAACAAGCCCCACAACUCGACCUUCAACUCGUCCUACUACGAGGACCACAACAAAGACAACAGCAAGAUUCACCACGCUUUCCACAACAGCCAGAUCCACAUCUCGUUUCACAACAGCGAGACCUACAACACGCCCUACAUCGAGAGCCACAACACAGCCGACGACAACGAGAUCGACAACGCGUUUCACAUUAACAGGACCCACAACUCGUCCGACUACAAGAGCAACAACACAACAGACAACGAGAUCAACAACGCGUUCCACAACAACAAGACAAACAACUCGACCCACCACUCGCCCUACAACGAGAGCCACAACACAGCCGACGACAACGAGAUCAACAACGCGUUCCACAACAACAAGACAAACAACUCGACCCACCACUCGCCCUACAACGAGAGCCACAGAACAGCCAACAACAACGAGAUCAACAACUCGUUCUACAACCACCUGGCGGCCAUUUACAUCAACCUGGUUCUCAACAACUCGCUAUCCAAUAACAACAACUACAGCUCGUCCCAGCUUAAAGACAUCCACCACCUUUAAGGCAACCACUCGCUCGACUACAACAGCUCGCCCAACCACCACCAGAUGGCCUCAGUUCUCCACGUCCCGCUUGAGUACUUCCACAACGCCUAGACCCUACCUAUUUACCUCAACAACAACUCGACGCCCCGCAACGACAGCAAGGAGUGCGACGACUAAAGAUCCAUUUGAUCAUCCAUUCUUUGCUAAAUUUAAAGCAACAUUUGAUCGCACGUCGCCAUCAACUGUCACAAAGCCCACCGCGACGUCCACUCUGUCCAACCCAGGUAAAUUCACUGCCAGCUCGUAUUAUGCCAAAUUUAAGGAAAACAGCGUCAAAGCGUCAGCCAAAACGGCCUAUGCUUAUGAUUUUGGCCAGAAUCGAACAACAACCACGAUCCGGUCCUAAAACCACGUCCCAAUUGAUUUAAAGUGGAACAAAAACUAAAAUUUGGGUAUAUUGGUAGGGAAACUUGUAAAUAUGCGUGUAAUGCGGCUAGUUUAGUUUGUAUAUUGACAGAAUUCUCAUAAAUUAUUAAUCUUAAGACACA